GCUGCGAUCAACGAAAGGUCACAUAGUAGGAUUUGUUCGGUUACACGUCCCUUAGUAAAUGCGCCGUAAUUUAGACCCAAACAUAGGUGAUAAAGGCCUUCGAGGUCGCGACAUACGCAUUCCAACUGUUGCUGAAAGUCCAAGGACAGUUACCUCUGCAAACCAGCCUAUUGAUGUCUCUUGGAUUCCACCAUGUGAAGGCGCCUCAGGCGGACGACUAGGCCUAACUUACUGCCCGGGCAAGCACAUCACAGCCAGGAAUGGAGUGCAGUACGCUAGGGACCUGCGUGCCGACUUGUCACGGCUAAAGCAGGAACAUGGCGUUCACGUCAUAGUAUGUCUGCUGCCGGAUGCCGAGCUUCGGUACCUCCGCGUGCGGGACUACGCAGCGGCGGUGGCCGCCCACCACAUGACCUACAUGCAGCUGCCCAUCAUAGAGAUGGCCCCGCCGGAUGACAUGCAGCGCGCCUGCGCCCUUGUGGAGGGGGUGGUGGAGCAGCUGCAAGCGGGGCGCACAGUCGUGGUGCACUGCAAGGGCGGAGUGGGUCGCGCGGGGCUGCUAGCGGCAUGCGUGCUCAUCCGACUGGGCGUGUGUGGCAGUGCACAGGAGGCCAUUGACACGGUACGGAGGUACCGGCGCGGUGCAGUGGAGAGCCGCAAGCAGGAGGACUUCGUGGGGGCCUUCUGGCGGCUGCGAGCAGGCCGGGACAAGGACGUCAAGGAGGCGUGAUUCCUGCAGUGCAUCCCCUGCGUCAACGUGGCGGCCAGACAGAAGGGGCAUGCUUUGCAAGGCCGGAUCGCCUGUGAAUUCCGCAUGUUGGCCUUGCGUACAUUUGGUUGUUGCGGGGUCGUGUCCUCCUGAAUGUGGUGAGCAAGGACCGCACCUGCGUGGGCAUCCGGAAGCAUUGGUGGUGGUGUUGGGGUAUCCUCCGACAGCACACGUGGCUGGAAGCUUGUAACCUGUAUAACGAAACAUUGAUUACUGGCAUGGCAGCUGGGCGUGCAGUAUGGUAUUCAGGUUCCAUUUGGGUUUCACAUGGUGACAGCUGGGUGUGGAGCCAACCGUUACAAGGAAAGUAAUGGAAAGGAGCGUAUUUUGUAGCGGAUGGUGAGCUUUGUCGUAGUUGGGGAGUGGUUGGGGUCGUGGGCUGCCACCGAGCAAUCCUGGAGCCAAGCCCAUAGGCCCUAGCCACCCAGCGGCGCUCAAGAAUUUAAUAGAAUGGAAUGAGCCUGUGGAUUGGCAAUUAGCACGGCAGAAAAGGCCUGUGUCCUCACGACCGUUGGCGCAUGUCGUGCUUCUGCCUGAUUUACAGGGUGUUUCCACUUGGCAGCGCGUUUGAACUUUCUCGGCCGUCUUCGCGUCUUUCCUCCCGCCGUAAGCUCUAUUAAUCUUAAAAUCAUUAACAAAUAACUAUUGUAAAAAAGGGAAGUACAAAAAGGCCAGGAAUCGGAGGCUCGGUAGGCCCAAGUGGAAACGGGAG